GUAAAGAAAAAUCUAGAGUCAAUAGAAUCAAUUAAUCGAGCAACGAAAACGAAACCCCUAACCUAAACCAAACGCGAUUUUUGUUCCCAAUUCGAUCAAACGUUGCAGUUCAUCGAUUCUCAAUUCGUUCCAAUUCCAUGACGACACCAUCUUCUUCCUCAUCCUCUCAACCUCCAUACGCAUAUUCCAACGCUCCUUACUUUCCCGUUCCCUUUCACCUUCAACAACCCGCAACCACCACUCACUACGCCGCACCGUACGUUGCCGCCCCUACCGUGCAGCUUCCUCCGCCACCAGUAGUUGGUCCCGUUCCCCCUCCGUCUGCUUACUCCGUGCCGCAGUAUCAGGCACAGCAGUUAUUUGAGAGGGAUGCGCAAAUAAUUACGCCGGAGGCUCUUGAGAAUGUGAAGGCAGCGAUUGCGAGUAGCGAUGUUGAGCAUAAAGCUGAGACGAAAAAGAAAGCUGUUCCUAGGAAAGCUGCUGGACAAGCUUGGGAGGAUCCUAUACUUGCAGAGUGGCCUGAAGAUGAUUACCGACUCUUCUGUGGUGAUCUUGGUAAUGAAGUCAAUGACGAUGUUCUUUCGAAGGCAUUCACAAGAUUCCCUUCCUUUAACAUGGCAAGAGUUGUUAGAGAUAAGCGAACUGGAAAAACAAAGGGCUAUGGGUUUAUAAGCUUUGCCAACCCUGCUGACCUUGCUGCUGCUCUUAAAGAAAUGAAUGGUAAAUAUGUCGGAAACCGGCCAAUAAAACUACGCAAGAGUAAGUGGAGGGAGAGAACUGAUUAUGAUGCACUGGAGAAACAGAAGAACCAUAUUCAGAAGAAACCAAAAAUGUCAAGGAAGAGUAUCCUUCACAAGUGAAAAUAGGCCAGAAUCUGUAUAAUUUGGGUUAUCAAAUAGAACAUUGUAUUCAAAUGAUCCGUUUUUUUCAUCUGAAAUGUAGUUCCAAUGUAACAAAUUGAAGGUUUACCUCUGGAUCUUCUUUCCCCAGAAUGUGCAAUUUAAAGAUCAUGUCUAAACCUUUCUUUAAGUUAUGCCUGAGGCUACUCAAUAUAUUGACAAACUAUUUUGUAUAUACUGGUGACUUGUUGAUUUA